GUCCCAAAUCUGUGGACAACCACAACUCACAAGCCCUUCGUUGCACUAGUCCCGAGCUUUGCUGCAUCAUAACAUAGCUGCAAUUCAGCGUGCUGGUUAACAAGCUCGGCAGUAAUUAUAUAAACAUAUGGACGCGCCUUCAUAGACCGUGCCGGGCUCGCAUGCGCUACCUCGUUGGCAGCAACUCUGUUGGAUAAGCUCAGCCCGUGCAUUCUGUUGACUAGUAGCAUCAGCCAUGGGCUCUGGCGUAUCGUGCGCUCGGGGCGAGGCGGUCGCUGUUAGCGUUCCCGCAGCGCAGGCGAAUCCCCCGCCCAGGGCUGUGGCGGUGUCAGACAGCGGCGCAGCAAUUCCCGGAACCGCUAGAACUGGCAGCGCUACAGCUGGAGGCGUCGCCAACCCCAAGCCCCAUGCGCGCCCACCCAGCGCGCCGGUGCGCCCCACCGGGUCCCUCCAGGCCGCUGACGCGCCACCGCCGCCACCGCCGCCGUCACCGCCACCACCGUCCAUACCUGAGUCACCUACGCCUGCGCCGUCUCCCACGCUGGCGACAGUACCUGUGGGAUCCGCAUCGGAGCCCGCACACUCGGGGUCCGAGCCCGCACACUCGGGGUCCGGGUCCGGGCCCGGGUCGCGGCGUGUGCCUCACAUCGGCGGCCUGGCUGUGUCGCUGUCGUUCCUGCUGGAGUUCGCGGAAGCGCACGUGCCGCCCGACAUGCCCACCUGGAUGGUGGUGGACAAGCUGGUGAAGCCCCACACGCUGCAUGACACCAUCCGCUAUGUGGACCUGCCCCACGUGACCGCCCACGUGCUGCCCCCCGCCGCGACCCACUACUACUUCAUUUCGCACGCCUGGGGCCGGCCGUUCUGGGAGAUGGUGGGGCUCACGGCGCACUACCUCAGAGGCGCAGUGGCCUCCUCCGUGUACGUGUGGUGCGACAUCUUCAUCAUCAACCAGCACCCGGGGCAGCAGCAGGCCGACGACCUGGAGCAGCUGAGGCUGGCGGUGGCGGACGCGGCCGCCACACUCGUGUGCACGGACGCGGCGGGCUCGCCCUUUGAGCGCAUCUGGUGUCUGUACGAGAUGUGGACCACACUCACCGUGGCGGCGGAGGGCGCGGGGGCAGCGCCGGGGGAGCAGCGCCGCAUCAAGGACGGCGAGGACAAGGGGGCGGACACCGACACCAGCAGCGGUGGCGGCGGCGGUGGCGGCGGCGGCGGUGGCGGCGGCGGUGGCGGCGGCGGCGGUGGCGGCGGCGGUGGCGGCGGUGGCGGCGGUGGCGGCGGUGGCGGCCGCAGUCGCAGUCAGGCCCUGGUGGUGCUGACUACGGGGUUGUCGGCGGCGCAGCGGGCGCGGCUGAACGGCUCGAUCGACGCCGCUGCCGCCAAGGCCACAGUGAUCGCCGACAAGGAGCGAAUCCUGGCGGACAUUGCCGCGGCGCCGGGCGGCGUCACGUCCUUCAACGCCGCGAUGCGUUGUGCGCUGUUGCUGAGGCCGCUGGACUUUGAGAGCGAGCUGGCGCGGGGGUGGGCUGCGGCGGCGGGAGGCGUUGCUGGUGCUGUUGGUGGAGGUGGUGGCGCAUGGGACUGGUCCCAGCUGGAUGACUGGCUAGCGCCGUCGCCGCCCCUACCUCACAACACCAACCCCCUCAACAACACCAGCACCAGCGACAACACCAGCCCCAACACCAGCAGCUCCCACCAGGGCCCCCGCGCCGCACUGCUGCUGGGCGCGGCCGGCAGCGGCAAGUCCACCGCGGCGGCGGCCUGGGCCGCACACGCCAUGGCAGGAGGCGGCGGAGGCGGCGGCAGCGGCGGCCAUGAAGGGGAGGGCAAAGGGGAGGUGGUGGCGGCGGCGGCGCGGCGGCAGGUGGCACCGGUGGCGGUGGCGGCACACUUCUGUCGGGCCAGUGAUCUGCAGGCUCUGGACCCGCUGGCGGCCCUGCGCACACUGGCCUACCAGCUGGCGCUGGCCUUCCCACAGCAGCUGCAGGGCUACUAUGCGUUUGAGCUGGCGGAGGCCGCUGCCAAGCAAGACGCCGACGGCGGCGGCUGCGGCGGCGGCUCAGGCAAAGAGAGUUUCGCGCUUCAGGUGAUCUCCGGCCUGACCACCGGGGGCAGCGCCGCCGGUGCCGGCAGCGGCAGCGGCGGCGGCGGGCCGUUUGGAGGUGGCGGCGGCGGCUCUGGCGGCGCGGCGGACCCCAUUGCCGCAGCCUUUGAGGUGCUGUUGCUGCGGCCGCUGCAGCUGGUGUGGGAGGCGUACACGGCGGCGGCGGCGGCAGCUGCCGAGGGAGUGGAGGAGGGGCAGGAGGGCAAGGCGGCGAGCGAGGGUUUGCCCACACCCCCGCCGCCACCACCGCCUGUGGUGGUGCUGCUAUUGGAUGCGGUGGACGAGGGAGACAGUGGUGGCGGCGGCGGCGGCGGCCACGAGAACGCCAUGCUUUUAAUGCUGCAGGAGCAUUUCCCGCGCCUGCCGCCCUGUGUGCGGCUGCUCAUCACUGCGCGGCCGCUGACCCACAUCGUCUCUCUGCUGGAGGGAGCGUUCGCGCCCCUGAGGGUGCUGCCCUCCCCCCAAGUGCUGCGGGCUCCGGCGGCCGACUGCGUGGUCGCACUGGCGGCACGGCUGCAGGCGCGGCCGGCGCUGGCGGCAGCGCUGCGCGCGGAGGCGCUGGGGGAGGCUCCCGUGCUGGCGAAGCGGCUAUGGGAGGCCGCACGCGGCUGGAUGCUUUGGAUCACUCUCGCCGAAGACAUCCUCACUGCUGCCGCCGCCGCCAUUACCACCGCCUUUGCCGCCACCGCCGCAACCCAGCCGACGCCGGCCGCACCUCAGGCCCCACUGGCCCCGCCGGCGCUGUCCGUGCCGGAGGUGCUGGAGCAGCUGUUGGCGGCGGCCGCGGCUGCACCGGCCGCGGCGCCGCUGUACCGCCUGUACGUCCGGACGGUGGUGGCGCCGGCAGUGAAGUCAGGAGCAGGAACAGGGGGGAGGCAGGGAGCAACGGCGGAGGACCUAGCAUUCCUGCUUGAGGUCCUGGGCGCCGCGCGGGAGCCGCUGUACCUGUCCCAGCUGCUGGACCUGCGGGCCGAGGGUUUGGGACUCACGCCAGCCGUGCUGGCGGCGUUGGAAGCCGGCGGCGGCAGCGGCGCGGCGGCGGCGGCGCCACUGGGGUCGCUGGUGAUGGUCCGCGGCUACAAGCUGCUCGGACUGCACCGGUCUCUGUACGAGUGGUUGGCGGGCGACGGCGACGCACUACUGCCCGCCCUCCGCGGCACAGCCCCGCCGGCAUCCGCCACAUCAGCCCCCGCAGGAUCCGCAACCGUGUCAGAAACCGUGUCAAUCGCCUCGGCGGCUGUGUUCCCCGGCCGCCCCCGGGCUCACGCGGCGCUGGCGGCCCUGGCCCUCCGCGACGUGGCCUCCAGCCGAGCCUCCAGGGCGCCCGGAGGCGGCGGCACACGCGGCGCCCGGCCGCCGGACGGCUACAGCCUGCAGCAUGGGGUGGCGCACGUGCUGGCGGCGGCGGCGGCGCGGGCGGCGGCGGGCGAGGAGGAGGCCGCCGUGCGCCUGCUGGGCUCCCUCCUGCUCGACCUCUACUUCUGGCGCUGUGUGUACGACGACGGGGCCGCCACCGCCGCCACCGCACUGGCCGCCCUGCUACGGCACGAGGCGGUCUUUGCCGGCUGUAGCAGUACCAGUAUCGGCGGCGGUGGAAAUGGCGGCGUGACGGCGGCGGAUCUGGCUGCUGACGUGGCGAGGUGGCUGCAGCCGUACCACUCGGCGCUGCUGAGGUUCCCCGAGGCACUGCUGACCUCGGCUCUGGCGCUGCCCGCCUGCUCGCUGGUGCGUGCGGCGGCGGAGGCAGCCCUGCCCGCACCCAGCGCCGGCCCUUCGUCUCUCUCCCCCUCUCCCGUGCGCCCUGGCGAUCACAACACAGCUGCGGCCAGUGCUGCCGCCGUCACAAACGCUACAGCCGCUACAGCGCCAACCGCAGCAGCGGCAGUAGCAACCACUCCAGCACCGGAAGCGGCGGCAGUAGCACCCACACCAGCGCCGAAAGCGGCGGCAGUAGCUGUGCAGCUGGCGGGUGCGGUCUGGCCUGCGCCGCCGUACCGGCUGGUCAACCCGGCGGCGGGCUGGGGCGAUUGCCUGCUGACGGCGGAGGUGCUGGGCAGCGGCCGCCGCACGCCGCGGGGGCUGGGCUGGGCGGCGGCGGCGGGGGUGCUGCUGGCGGGCUGCGACGACGGGCGUGUGCGGCUGGUGUCGCCGCUCAGUGGCGCCCAGGUGGGGCUGUUCAGCGGCGUGCACCAGGACUGCGUCUACUGCCUGCAGCUGAGGCCGCAGCGGCAGCACCAGCAGCGGCAGCAGCAGCAGCAGCAGCAGCAGCCGGCGCUGCAGGCGGCGGGGCCGCCGUCGCCGCCGCCACUGGUGGUGGCUACGGGCUCGGCUGACGGGGUGGUGGCGCUGUGGGAUGGCGACACGCGCGUUCGGCUGGCGGAGCUCAUACCGGGCUUGCCCCCGCAACCUGAGGGCGAUGUGGGCGAGGGUGGCGAGCAAGAGGCGGAGGCACAAACGGUCACGUUUGGGUUCGACUUGUCGGAGCAGCGCGCCACCACUUCCGCCGCUGCCGCCGCCGCCGGCCACAAGAGCAGCUCGGGGGCGGUGCAGGUGCUCGCCUUCAGUCCGGACGGCGCCUGGAUGGCUGUGGCCACAGGCGACAAGUCCAUCACUGUGUGGCACCUGGCCCCCAGCGGCCCAGCAGCGACGGGGCCAACCGGAGGCGCGGGUGCGGGUGCGGGAGCCGGUGCCGGUGCUGGUGCGGGUGCCGGAGCGGGUGGCGGCGCCCGCAAGGUGGUGGUGAUGCCUGGCGCCCACACCGAGGACAUCCGCGGCCUGGCGUUCAUGGACACAACCUGGGGCGGCAGUAGCAGCGACGGCGGCAGCGACAGUAGCAGUAGCAGUGGCGGCAGUAGCAGUAGCACAGGCUGGGGCGCGCGGUGCGGCCUGCCGCCGCUGGUGCUGAUGUCGGCGUCAGAGGAUGAGUGCAUUCACGUCUGGGACCCUACUGGAGGCAGCAGCGCUGCUGGUGCCGCUGCUGGUGAGGGAGCGACAGCGGCCGCGACAGCGGCGGCGGCGGCGGCGGCGGCGGCAGCGCCUGCGGUGGUGGCGGCGCCCCUGCGCACCCUGCGCUGCGACUCAGAGGCGCAACAGGCCUACGAGGCCCAUGGGCUGGAGCCCAUCCCGCCACCUGCUGCUGCCUCUGGGUCCGCUCCUCACAGCGACCCCUGGUUCCUACACGGCGGCGCAGCCGCCACCGCACCUGCACCCGCCGCUACUGCUGCUACUGCCGCUGAUGCUGAUGCCGCUGCUACUGCCGCGACACAGCCGCCGCCGCUGCUGUCGGGUCUGGCGGAGGACAGCGAGGGCCCGGUGUCACGUGCCAGCUACAAACUGCCGCAGUGGUACUGCCUCAUGCCGCUACAGCCGCUGCAGCCGCCGCCGCCACUGGCGGGGCAAGCAGGGAUGGUGCCGCCGCCACUGCCGCCGGGCUGUCUGCUAGUGGGCUCAGGCGCGGGCCCGGUGGCGGUGUGGGAUGUGGCCGCGGGUCUGAUGCGCGAGCGGCUGCGCGGCCACCACGACGCCGUCACCUGCAUGGCGGCGGCGCCGGCGCCGGCUGCGGGUGCGGGUGCGGCUGGAGCGGGCACCGGGCCGCACUUCGCCACUGGCGCCACCAGAGGCGACUGCUCUGUCCGCCUGUGGCGCCACACGCCCUCCGCCGACCCCGCCGGCUGGGCGGCGGCACUACGGGCGGCCCGGCGCCAGGCGGAGGAGGACGCCAGCGCAGCGGCCGCAGCGGCGGCGGAGCGCAAAGCCGCGCGGGCGGCAGAGCGCGCAGCGGCCCGCGAGCAAGCACUCGCGAAUGGCGGCGACGGCGACGGUGCUGCGCCGGCGGCUGAAGGAGGAGAGGAGGAUGUCGAGGACUCCGAGGAGGAGGAGCAGGAGGUGCAGCUGCUGCGCUGCCGGCGGCCGUGCCAGUGGCAGUGUGUGUCGGUGCUGAGAGGCCACACCGCGCACGUGACCAGUGUGGUGUUCCUGCCGCCCGCGUCGCCGGUGCCUGUGGUGGCGGUGCCUGGAGGCGCCGGGCUGGCGGAGGCGUUUCGUGGCAUGCGCGUGGCCUCGGGAUCUGUGGACAACACCAUUCGCAUCUGGCGCGCGGACGCACUGGCGCCACCGCCGCCGCCGCCGGCGCUCGCGGCGCUGACUGCUGGUGCUAAUGAGCCGGAGCCUCCGCCGCCGGCCGAGGCCGCCGCCGCCGCCGCCGCUGCAGGGCCGGGCGGGCGGGAGGCGGCGCCGCCCGGCCACGAGGGCUACCAGGUGCUGGCACUGGCGGUGUCGCCCGACGGCAAAUACGUCCUCACCGGGGCAGGCGACUUCACUGCCUGCCUGUGGGCGGCCGCCACCGGGCGCCACCUGCUCACCUUCCGUGGGCAUCACGGAGUCGUGGGCGCGGUGGCGUUCAGUGCGGACAGCUCCAAGUGCGCCACCGGGGCAGGCGACGGCGAGGUGCGGGUGUUCAGUGUGCCGGACGGCGGCUGGGUGGGCAGCUGCCGCGGCCACAAGAAGGCGGUCACGGGGACGGCGUUCUCGCCGGACGGCUGGAACAUCGCCACGUCAUCGGAGGACGGCACGGCGCGCAUCUGGACGGUGCGCGGGCAGCAGACCUCUCUGCUGGAGGGCCACCCCAACGGCGCCACCGCUGUGGCCUGGUCGCUGGACGGAGGCGUGGUGGCCACUGGGGCGGCGCGAGGCAACCCCGGUGUGCAGCUGUGGGGCGCCCGCAACGGCAUGCGCUACAACACCCUGAGGUACCACGUGUCCGACGUACUGCUGCUGCGCUUCGGCGAGGCGCUGGAGGAGCCGCCGUUGCCGCCGCCGCUUGCUGCUACAGCCACUGCUACAGCCAGCGGGGCGGAUGGUGAUGCUGCAACUGCAGGUGGACGGGAGGAGGGCGGCAGGGGUACGGCCGUGGCGGCGGCGCCGCCGCCGGAGCCGCCCCGGAAGCAUACGCUGCUGCUGUCGCACGACGCGCGCGGGCUGACGUGUGUGUGGAACGUGUGGGGCAAUGCGGGCCUGGUGCUGGACUUCUAUGGCCAGGGCGCUGACCUGGUGGGCUCCAAGCUCCUGUGGCUCAAGGACCGGGCGCUGCAGUACGCAGACCUGCAGGAGCUGUGGGAUCCAAAAGUCAAGGGCACAAAGGAGGAGGCGGCAAGGAAGGAGCAGGCGGCGGCGGCGGCGGCGGCAGCAAGCGAAGGUGGAUGUGAAAGCGGAGGCCAGAAGCAGAUGCCGAAGCAGCAGCAAGGUGGAGGCAGUGGAGAUGGCGGGGAGAAAGUGAAGGAGGGGGAGGCGGAGGAGGAGGCACCGGCGCCUGCAAGGCCGCCGUCCUUCCCCGCCCUCCUAACCACGCGGGCGCUGGCCGCACUGUCGCCUCCGGGGGAGACCGUUGAGCUGCUAGGCGGGGGGCCGGGCCUGGGGUUCGUGGCGGCCAUGACUGACAAGCAGCGCCUGUACUUGUUCGCUCUUAGCUAGGUGCCCAAAGCUGGGCACGCGCAUAGGUGCCGCCCCGUGUCGCCGGUAACGAUGACCAAAUCGGGCCACGCCCCAGCUUAAUCGGGCCACGUUCUUGUUAACCUUCAGAAGUUUGUGAGCAACCUAGCUUUGAUAUGUUGAAUGAUCAUUACCGUCAUUACGCUUCUACAUAACCCACAGUAUCUGGAGUUCCCAUAAUGUCAGGACUACUAUGAAGUGUGAAGACCGAGACUCAACGUCACGCCCCGGCAUGCAGUGUUCACUGCAGUGUUCAGUGCCAUAAGUGUCCUGCUGGGUAAAGAUGGCGCAGGAUGGAAUGACAGGAGCAGGCGGGCGAGUGGGUGCCGGCGGCUCUUCGCUGGAAAACCCUGUCGACCAUAAAAGAAUAAGUGAACGCCUGCACAGAGUUGCUAUGUUCGUUAUCGAGGCUCGACGAAG